AUGCUUAAAUUAUCCAUAGCUACUGUACUACUACUAUCGCUAGUCCUAAACUCCUAUGGCUGGCCUCAACGUGGUGGCGGUGGCGGUGGUAUGGGCUCCCGGAGCUGGCCUAUGAUGAACAACAAUGGGAUGACAAUGGGUGGUAACGGUGGUGGUGGUGGCGGCGGCGGAGGUAUGGGAGACAUGGCCGGUAUGAUGGGUAUGAUGGGUGGUAUGCCACUGGCUGUACUAAGCCAGCGAGAUAUCGCCGAAAUACCUGUCCAAUCGCAAGGCGGUCCCAUUGAACCGACCGUACUGGACAUCCAGCCAGUCGAUCUACCCGUCCAAAUGAACUGGAUGUCCCAGUCGUCAACACUGGACAUAGCUCAGCGACAUUUCAGUCGUCCAGGCAGUGUCCAACAGGAUCAGGUAAUGGACGAACCGCACCGUAUGAUCCAGCAGGUCCUCCGGCCUAUCGUACAGGAUGUACGCGAAAUAAUAGUACCGGCCAGGAAUGUCAUCCAACAGAUACUGCCCGUCCAGGAAAACGUACAGACAGUUCUGGCCAGAGGUCAGGGAGGACGCGGUAGUGGUAUGGCUGACGCUAUGGGUGGUAUGGCUGGCGGCGGAAACGGUAUGAUGAGAGGUAUGGAAAGCCAGCAGCAAACUAGCGGAACAUUGGCCGAUAUGAUGGGAAUGGGAGCUAUGAUGGGUGCUGGUGGUGGUCAACAACAAAAUAUGGGUGCUCUGGGAGGUAUGACAGCUAUGGGAGGUAUGGGUACUAGUGGUGGUGCUGGUGCUGGAGGAUGGGGUAAUCAAUGGGUGUAA